GGCAGUCGGAUUAGAGACAAGAUAUUGAACGGUUCGACGAUCCCAUGAACAUAUUGUAUAGACUAAGAGUAGAAAUAUAAAAUGUACAAAGAUUUCCAGCAGCCACUGGUCCACCUUCCAGUGGCGGCAACUUCGAGAAGGAGUAAAAGGUCAUCUAUUGACAAGAAGAACGUUACCGGUUUAUUCUUGGCCGCGGAGGGAAAUAUUGAACCAAAGAAACCAAUUAGCGUUCCGCCGUUGGCUAGGUCGAGAUUGGUUUCCAGAAGGCCUAAAACUCCCAGCGAGAAAAGGAGUCAACAAAAGAGCUCUACCGUAGACAAUAGCCGCGAAUGGACUCCUUGCGCAAUAGAAGAAGAAUACUGGGAAAUUCCCGCUCUGAGGAAUCGCUGCUCAACAGCUCCAAUAGCCGACGAUGACGAGAAUAUCGACUACAAAAAGGAACUAAAAGGUCUAAUGGAUUGCUACCAAAAGGUCUGCGGGGCGACCUUGUCAACACUCUCUUCCCUGCAAACAUUACUGCCUCGUAAACGCUCGCAAUCUAGACCUGAUCAUAACAAGGAUUUCCUUUCGAUAAGAAGCUUUCAAAGUCCCAGUCAAGCCGAAAUAAUGGCCAUUUUCCCCCCUCAAGUAACCUCUAGACCUAAAACGUACCCGCACGGAACGUUACGCCCUCUCUCGACUACCCAAGGAACUUUCUACAGUGUAAAAGGUAUUGUUAAGCAACCUUAA